AUGGCUGCUAUAGGUGGUGUUUUAUCCGGAGUUAAUCCGUUCACUUACAAUGAAAGUUCACCUUUAACCCUUUUCUUAUUCCAAACAUGUUUGAUCUUAGCAACAUGUAAUCUGGUAAAUAUACCAUUUUCCAAAAUUAGACAACCAAAAGUCAUAUCAGAAGUUAUCGCAGGUGUCAUAUUGGGGCCUACUGUCUUUGGUCAAAUACCAAAUUACACCCAGACAGUUUUCCCACAAUCAUCUAUUGCCGGUUUGAAUUUAGUAGCCAACCUAGGAAUAAUCCUUUUUAUGUUCUUCCUUGGGCUAGAAGUUGAUACAGAAUUUAUAAAGAAACAUUUGAAAACAGCUUUAUCCAUCGGUAUCAUAACAUUGGCAGUCCCAUUCGGGUUUGGCUGUAUCCUAGCAAUCCCCUUAUUCCACGUUUAUGCUAAUCAAGCAGACUCUCCAAGAAUAAUCAAAUUCACUGUAUUUAUGGUUUUCAUAGCUGUCUCCCUAGCGGUAACAGCUUUCCCAGUCUUAUGCCGUAUCUUAAAUGAAUUACGUCUAAUUAAAGACAGAGCAGGUACCAUCGUUCUCGGUGCAGGUAUAAUAAAUGAUAUCCUUGGUUGGGUUCUCUUGGCGCUAAGUGUCAUUCUUUCUAAUUCAGAUUCAGAUCCAAUAAACACAGUAUACAUUUUACUUUGUACAUUUGGAUGGUUCCUUGUGUAUUUCUAUCCAUUAAAAUACGGUUUGAAAUGGGCACUCAUAAAGACUCAUGAGUUAGAUAGAACAAAACCUUCCACUUUUGCAACCAUGUCAGUAUUAUUUAUCAUGUUCAUAUCUGCUUAUUUUACAGAUAUUAUUGGAGUACAUGCCAUUUUUGGGGCUUUCAUAGCUGGGUUAGUGGUUCCAAGAGAAAAUAAUUAUGUCGUUAAACUUACUGAAAGAAUGGAAGAUAUACCAAAUAUUGUCUUUAUACCAAUUUAUUUCGCAGUCGCUGGUUUGAACGUUGAUUUGACUCUAUUAAAUGAAAGAAGGGAUUGGGGAUAUGUAUUCGCAACCAUUGGAAUUGCCAUCUCUACAAAAGUGGUCUCAGGGGCAAUAAUGGGUAAAAUUCAUGGAUUAUUCUGGAGAGAAGCUACAGCAGUCGGUGUAUUAAUGUCUUGUAAGGGUAUCGUAGAAAUUGUCGUGUUGACUGUGGGUUUGAAUGCAGGGAUUAUUAGUAAAAAAAUAUUUGCCAUAUUCAUAUUGAUGGCUUUAGUAUCAACGUUUGUUACAACACCAUUGACAUUGCUCGUUUAUCCAGAUUCUUAUCGUCAAGAAAUUAAUCAAUAUUUACAAGAUAAAGAAGAUAAUAAAGAUAAUAAAGAACCUGAUAGCUUGGAAAUGACCACAGUAGAAGAGGAAACAAUUAGUUUAAAUUCACUUGAUGAUAUUAAACACUUCCAUUUCAGUGAAAUUAUUAAUGUCAUCAAUACAUUGGAAUCUAUACCGACAUCAUUAGAAAUAUUGAACUAUCUUUUGUCAGGAAAGUUACCCUCUAAGACAAGAAAUAAGACACCAACACCUGGGAAACUCCGUCCAGCCAGUGUCAUAUCAAAUUCUUCCACAAUAAAAUCAAAUCAUAGGAUGAAAAAGAUGGUGAAGUUAUGGUCAAAAAAUAUAGAUGAAACUGAGACUUCUUUACCAGUAAUUGGUGAAGAAGAAGAGCCUUGUGCGAUCGAAACGCAAACUCCUCUGAAAACUGUACAUCUUAGAUUAUUGACCGAAAGAACUACCGAUUUACUUCAAUCAUCAGCAAUUUAUAAUGAACCCACCCAUUUUACAGCAAAUACUGAUUCUGUCUUGCAGAUUUUCGAUAUUUUCUCAAGAUUAAGCAAUAUACAAUUUUCAAGUGAAGUUGUUUUUUCUACUAUGCGUGAGAAAGCAGUUAAUAUUCUUUCGAUGAGUAAAAGGAAUUCAGAUUUAAUAUUACUGCCAUUGAAAGGUGCAUCAUAUCAGGAUUCAUUAUUACAAGUGGAAGAAAAAUAUAAUAAUUUCGAACAUUUUUAUUCACAUUUAUUGGGCCUUAAUGAAUUAUCUUACAAUUUUUUUAAAAUUAUUGCCGGCCAUUUGAGUGCUCAUUCCGCAAUUUUAAUAUCUAAUUCUGGAGGAAGAUUGAACGUAGAUAGAUAUAAAAAGAAAGCUAUUAAUUUAUUAUUACCAGAUCCUAACUUGGCAUCUUCAGAUUUAUUAGCUGUAUACAUGUUGCUUUUGAUAUGCCAUACGGAAAAACAAAAUUCCUUUACAGGUGCAUCUACCAUUUUUGUUAAUUCUAAGAAUGUCGGAUUUGCUGAAACUUUAACAAAUACAUUCAAUGAGAAUGAAUUAUUCCAUGAAUCCGAUCUCGUCGUGAUACCGAUUGAUACAGAACAGAAAUCACAUAAUGAAGCAAAGGAACGAUCUUUUAUAGAAGCUGUAUUAUCAGAUGGGUUGACAGAUGCUGCAUUGUCUGAUUUGGAAGAAACUACAUUUAUUAUUCCAGAAAACUUCUUUUUCCAAGAUACUCCCUUCUCUUCCGAGACUAAAGAAACUAUUCUAGAAAGUGCAAAUAAAAGGUUUAAUGUGCUAAUCGUCCAUCAUUGCAAUAAUGAAAUUCUCACCAAGUCACCAACUAUAUCCAUAAUUUAA